AUGGUUGCCGCGGAACCGGCAGGCUUAAGAGAGCCAGCACACCUUUACGACCUUAGUGACCUGGCUGUUACAUUUGCAGUGGAUGCGAAGAACGCACCCCUGGUUGUUGCAUCACGGGCAUGGCGGGCUGGCUUGCGGACCCAUGUCAUGGUGGACCAGGGUUUGGAUGUUAACACCUUGCGGGUCUUGGCACCCACUGAUUACCCGCCUGCCCGGUUGCCUCUGGCAGGAGCUCCCUACGGCGAAAGCUUCACAGCAUUGCCCAAUUUCCCAGGCCAUCCCGCUACACUGCGCCAAGCCCUGGCCCCAGUCUUUGCCUUCGAGGAAAUGCACGGCCAAUUCAAGUGGUUGCUCGUGGGGGAUGCUGACACGGUGUUCGUGCCCCGCGCCGUCCUGAACCUGCUCAACAGUCUGGGACUGCCUGCUGAUGAGCCCCACAUGCUGAGCGAUUUUUUGGUGGAGUGCGAGCUUUUGCAGUGCAAGCCGGGGCAUUGCCCUUGUUCAGCACCCAAGCGAGUGGAUCCGAGGUGCCUGCCGUGUGCCGAGGCGGGGGCCGCCCGGCUGUGCCCCUGCAGGUUACCGGAGCCGUGCAGCAGACCGAGAUCCAACACCACGGCCGCAUUCCCGGAAGAGUGUCCUGUACAGGAGGAGGUGUCAGCGUACGGCGGCGCGGGCAUUAUUUACAGUGUGGGGCUGAUGCGGGAGUUGAUGGCUGAUCCGCAGUUUUACGCUGCGGAGGCUCUUAGGACGCUGCGCUCCUCGCCAGCUGAACAAGAGGCCAAUCAACUCCCAACCACUACACGCAGGACAUCACCGUCCCCUCUCGCACCUGUCAUAGUCCUGUCACUGUGCUGUACAUUUCACAACCAUAUUCCACGACACGCUGACCCUUGCGCUCACUCACCGACCUCAGGCAAUCACCAAUGCAACAACUGA